CUAUUGUUUUGCUAAAAAGAAAAAACACCAUUAAAACUCUAUUAAAGAAACCAUUAAAAGUUGAGAAAAUGGUAAAUAAGAAAGAAUCCGAUUUUGCAAAAACGCAGCAGUAGAAGAGCAAUAAAAUUAGGGUUCUUAAGAUUCACCUAACGUUCCUUCUUCUGAAGUGUUUUGAUUCAGUCAAACACAAUCCAUUUCCACCAUGUUCAUUGAACUAGAUUGUCCUGCUAGUGUCAGGAAGCAAUUGGCGAAGCUGUUUGCAGAAUCUCUCAAAGUAACUGUGCCUAGUGAAUCUGAUGUUGUGCCGUUAAUUGAUGCUUGUGUUGCUAAAAAUGGUGUAAAACAUGCUGAUUAUCAAUGUAAUAAUGCAAUGAGUCUAUUUGCUAAGAUUAAAGGGAAGCAAACAGAAUUCAAGAAUCCCCGUUCUCUUGGAGAGGCUAUUAUGAAAAAUCUCCCCCCAUCAGAAAUGAUAGAAUCGUGCUCUGUUGCUGGUCCUGGAUUUGUGAAUAUUGUCUUAUCAAAGAAGUGGAUAGCAAAGAGCGUACAAGAGGUGCUUACUGAGGGUAUUGAUUCCUGGGCACCUCGACUUCCGAUCAAGAAUGUUAUGGUUGACUUUUCCUCUCCCAAUAUAGCGAAAGAAAUGCAUGUUGGUCACUUGAGGUCAACAGUUAUUGGGGACACAUUGGCACGGAUGCUUGAAUAUUGCAAGGCAGAAGGUCUUAUCCGCCGAAAUCAUAUCGGUGAUUGGGGCACUCAGUUCGGGAUGCUGAUCGCAUUUCUCUUUGAGAAGUUUCCAAACCCAGAAGACGUUAAUGAAUCUGAUAUUGGAGAUCUACAGGCAUUCUACAAGGCCUCAAAAUUGAGGUUUGAUAGUGAUCCUGAUUUUAAGUACAAUGCACAGCAGUCAGUGAUCAAGCUCCAGAGUGGGGAUCCCAAGUAUCGCACGGCAUGGCAGCGAAUUUGUGAUAUCAGUAGGACUGAAUUUAACAAAGUCUAUCAACGCCUUGGAGUCCGUUUGGAGGAAAUGCCAGAGAGCUUCUUUAAUCCAUUGAUCCCUCCAACUUUGGAGAAACUGGAGAAAUUAGGGCUGAUUGAAGACAGUGAUGGUGCUCGUGUGAUAUUUGUUGAGGGUGUAGACAUACCACUAAUUGCCGUGAAAAGAGAUGGUGGCUACAACUACUUUUCAACCGAUCUAGCAUCACUUUGGUAUCGUCUGAAUGUCGAAAAGCUUGACUGGAAUAUAUAUGUUACCGAUGUUGGGCAGUGGCAACAUUUUGAUAUGCUUUUUAAGGCCUUUAGACGUGCAGGGUGGCUUCCUAAGGAUCCAAAUGAAUUUCCUAUAUGCACUCAUAUAGGUUUUGGUCUUGUUCUUGGCGACGAUGGAAAACGAUUUCGGAGUCGCAGCAGCGAGACUGUUCGAUUGGUUGAUUUACUUGAUGAAGCUAAAAGGCGCUGUAAAGUUGCCCUUCUUGAACGUGAUAAUGCUAAAGAUUGGACAGAGGAGGAGAUUGAGAAAACAUCAGAGGCAAUUGGAUAUGGGGCUGUUAAAUAUGCUGAUUUGAAGAUCAAUAGAUUAACAAAUUACACUUUCAACUUUGAUCAGAUGCUUAAUGAUAAGGGAAAUACUGCUGUGUAUUUGCUGUAUGCACAUGCUAGGAUCUGUUCCAUUAUCAGGAAAUCGGGUAAAGACAUAGAAGAGCUAAAAAAGAAUGGGAAGUUGGUGUUGGAUCAUGAAGACGAGCGUACAUUGGGUCUUCAUUUACUACAAUUUACUGAGGUUUUUGUGGAGUCAUGUGCAAAUCUGUUACCAAACGUAUUAUGUGAAUACCUAUAUAAUUUGGCCGAAAUCUUCACAAAGAAAUUUUAUUCUAACUGUCAGGUUGUUGGGUCACCUGAAGAAACUAGCAGACUUUUGUUAUGUGAAGCAACACUUGUUGUGAUGAGACAUUGCUUCUAUCUCCUUGGAAUUGAACCUGUUUACAAGUUAUGAUCCAUCUAACUGAGGAGUUCAAGUUUGUAGAAAACUUCUAUUGUUAAAUUUAUUGUGCAAGAAUGAGUAUACUCCAUCCACAUCUUGUGUUUUGUUUAUUGUAUUUUACUUGUAGGAAACUUCCAAUGUUAAAUGUAUUGUCCAAGAAUCACUCUCUGUUAUGUUUAUUGUAUUUUAAUGCCUGGAAAAUAGUUAGAACAUCUAUUGUAAUUUUACUGACAAGUAAAGAUCCCUUGAAAUUGACAUUUUUA